UUCCAAAUAAAUAAAAUACAAAAACGAAAUAAAUAAGCAAAAGAACUUCCAGUGGGAAAAAAUAAAGAAAACUGAAACCAAACACAAAACCAAAAGGGGAGAAACUUCCCCUCGCCCUACAACGGCAGCAGCAACGACAACGGCUGCGAUAGCGGCAGCAGCGACAACGGCAGCAACGACAGCGGCGGCGGCGAUAGCGGCGGCAGCGACGGUAGCGACAGUGACGGCAGCGGCAGCGGUAGCGGCGGCGGCAGAGACAGCGGGGGCAGCAGCAGCGACAGCGGCAGAAGCAGUACCAACAGAAAAAGCCGUCGGCAAAUGCAAAUUUCGAAAUUAAAUUUACAAACGAACAUUUUAAAUAUAAAUUUAACUCACAUAAACAUGGACCUUUCAUUGACGCACGAGUCUGCAAACAUGCAAGCCCAAUUUGCAUCUUUUCAAAAUUAUGAACAAUUUUCGGCAUCAGGAUAUUCAAGCACUCCUGUAUAUAUAACAAAGCCCCCAGGAAUAGGUGCAAUAACAAAAGUUGCGCCUCACUGUUCGGUUCUCAGCACUCAAAAUAAGAUUGAGACAACAUCUACAGACAAUUCUAUUCCAGACAUUGAAAAUCAUCCAUUAGCUCCCACAGUGAGAUAUGUACAAGCUGGUCAGUUUGAGGAUACACCCGAAUAUGGUGUAGCUGGUCUACCUUGUGGUAUAGACUCUGAGUACACAGCGGACGCUGUCGUACCUUACUGCUAUACGUCGGAUGCAAACUAUACAGGAAUUCAAAACCCAACUUCAAAUAUUAAACCAUUUUCUGGAAGGCCUUUUAAUGAUAACCUAAAUGCAUCAGAAGCUGGCGCAAAUUCCCAAUGCCGAACGUUUAAAAGUUCAGCUGAAUUUAAAUUACCCCAAUUCGCCAUGAGCUCUAUAAAUACUGUGCCGCAAAGUUUGGGAGAAAAGGAUGACUACAUUGGAGGAUCAGAAAAUGAUAUUUGUUCUACAAUGAGGUGGCGGGAUCCAAAUCUUUCGGAAGUUAUAAGCUUCUUGAGCAACCCGAACAGUGCUAUAAAGGCUAAUGCCGCAGCCUAUUUACAACAUUUGUGCUACAUGGAUGAUCCAAACAAGCAACGUACAAGAUCCCUGGGAGGAAUACCGCCAUUAGUUCGUCUGUUAUCUUAUGAUUCUCCAGAAAUACAUAAGCUGAGGAAGACAGCAAAGCACUUUGGAGCUAAACCACUCCGAAAAAAAUCGGACUAUUGGCCUGAGUUACAUACACUACAUCCGUUAUAACAUUUAACGAUUUCU